UUGCUGACUGUCACUGCACUCAGUGUCUACACUGCUAGCCGUCCUCAGAAUCCACUUGCUGACUGUCACUGCACCUGGUGUCUACACCACUAGCCGGCCUCAGAGCCAGUCCCGAGCCCUCCUGCUUCUUCUGCCCUAGUCCUGGGCAGGCAGAAUCGGGAUGAAUCCCUUCGCAGACACCGUGCAGAGCCUCCGGGAGGCCUUCCACUCCGGGAAAAGCCGCCCAGCGGAGUUCCGAGCUGCCCAGCUCGAAGGGCUGAACCGCUUUCUAAAGGAGAACCGAGAUUCCCUCCUGGCUGCCCUGGCCCAGGAUCUACGCAAGCCUCCCUUUGAGUCGGAGAUCUCCGAGAUCAGCAUCUGCCAGAGUGAGAUCAACCUGGCUUUGAACAGCCUGCACAGCUGGAUGAAGGACGAACAUGUGUCUAAAAACCUGGCCACCCAGCUGGACUCGGCCUUCAUCCGGAAGGAGCCCUACGGCGUGGUCCUCAUCAUCGCCCCCUGGAACUACCCUCUGAACCUCAUGCUGGUGCCUCUGGUGGGGGCCAUCGCAGCAGGUAACUGUGUGGUGUUAAAGCCCUCCGAGUUGAGCAGCGGUGUGGAGAAGGUCAUAGGGGAGGUGCUGCCCCGCUACCUGGACAAGAACUGCUUUGCUGUGGUGCUGGGGGGCCCCCAGGAGACCAGCGCCCUCCUGGAGAACAGAUUCGACUACAUCUUCUUCACAGGGAACACCACCGUGGGCCGGAUCGUCAUGGCCGCAGCCUCCCAGCACCUGACCCCCAUCACCCUGGAGCUGGGGGGCAAGAACCCCUGCUACGUGGACGACAACUGCGACCUCCAGAAUGUGGCCAACCGCGUGGCCUGGUUCCGCUUCUUCAAUGCGGGCCAGACGUGCGUGGCCCCGGACUACGUGCUGUGCAGCCCGGAGACGCGGGAGAAGCUGCUGCCCGCCCUGCAGCGCGCCGUGACCCAGUUCUACGGGAAGGACCCCCAGAGCUCCCCGGACCUGGCCCGCAUCAUCAGCCCCAAGCACUUCCUCAGGCUCCGGGGCCUGCUGGGCAGCGGCCGCGUGGCCCUCGGCGGCCAGUCGGACGAGCAGGAACGCUACAUCGCCCCCACGGUGCUGGUGGAUGUGAAGGAGACGGACCCCGUGAUGCAGGAAGAGAUCUUUGGGCCCAUUUUGCCCAUCCUGACCGUGGGCGGGGUCGAGGAGGCCAUCGCCUUCAUCAGGAAGAGGGAGAAGCCCCUGGCUCUGUACGCCUUCUCCAAUGACUCAAAGGUGGUGCACCAGAUGCUGGACCAGACCAGCAGUGGCGGCUUCUGUGGGAAUGACGGGUUCAUGCACAUGACGCUGACCACGCUGCCCUUUGGAGGAGUAGGAAACAGCGGCAUGGGCAGGUACCACGGCAAGUUCAGCUUCGACACCUUCUCGCACCAGCGAGGCUGCCUGCUGCGGAGCGCGGGGCUGGAGAAGUUUAACUCCCUGCGCUAUCCGCCCUACGCCCAGCGCAACCUGGGGCUGCUGCUCUCCUUGGUGGAGGUGGGCCGCAAGAGCCAGUGCACGAUCCUCUGAGCCGGCUCCGCCCGGGGCUCGGUGGCCGCGGGGCUGAGACGAACUUAAGCGAAGACUGCUGGGGGCAGGGGCCUCCUCGGACUCGGGGGGCUGCCUCCUUCUGUACCUGGGCCGGGGGGCUCUGGGCUGCCCCACGCUGCGCAGUUUAAGUAAAGGUCUGGUGGGAAACCCAAA